UCGCUUGCGCGAUCAGUAUCCAAACCCUAGCCGAUUACAUUCUCCCCGCACCCUACUCAUUCCGUCGCCUCUCCCCGGCCAUGGCUAAGAAGCGAAAGCUCGCGAACAAAGCCGAGCCCGUUGAGGACCCCGCCCCCGAAUCCACCACCCAAGAACCCAGAGACGAAGAAGAACCAAUUAGCCAAGAAGACCCCACCGAGGAAGAACCCAUCGGCCAAGAAGAGCCCUUCGAAGAAGAACAAGAAGAGCCCAUCCACCAAGAAUCACCCGCCGCCGACGACCAGAUCCCCGAAACCUCCGACACUUCCAAGGCUAAUCCGGACCCCUCCGGCAGCGCCGGCAACGGCGUUGCGGGCGACGAGGACGAGGAGAAUGACCCCGCCUCCAUCCAGAAUCUCCUCGAACCCUUCCCCAAGGAUCACCUUAUGGAGAUCCUCCGCGACGCCGCCGUGAAGUACCCCGACGUCCUCGAGGAGGUCCACCGGAUCGCCGACAUCGAUCCCGCCCACCGAAAGGUCUUCGUCCACGGCCUCGGCUGGGACACCAACGUCGAGACCCUCGUUGCCGCCUUCCGUCAGUACGGCGAGAUCGAGGACUGCAACGCCGUCACGGACAAGGCCACCGGAAAGUCUAAGGGCUACGGAUUCAUCCUCUUCAAGCACCGGAGCGGCGCCCGCCGCGCCCUGAAGCAGCCUCAGAAGAAGAUAGGCAACCGGAUGACUGCCUGCCAGCUGGCCUCAACUGGCCCUGUGCCGCCACCGGCCCCUCCGGUGUCGGAGUACACGCAGCGCAAGAUCUUCAUCAGCAAUGUCGGCACCGAGCUUGAUCCCUACAAGCUGCUGCAGUUCUUCUCAAAGUUUGGGGAGAUCGAGGAGGGGCCCUUAGGGUUAGAUAAGAUGACUGGGAAGCCGAAGGGAUUCUGUCUUUUUGUCUACAAGACGAUUGAGAGUGCGAGGAAAGCAUUGGAGGAACCUCAUAAAAACUUCGAAGGCCAUAUCUUGCACUGCCAGAAAGCAAUCGAUGGGCCGAAGCCGAACAAGCCGGGGUUCCACCUCCAGGUCCCUGGUUCCCAGCAUGCUGGAUCCCACUUCACGAGGAGUGAGAAUGCUGGGUUUAUAGGUGGGGUGGGGAGUCAUCUAUCUGGAGCAGGGACUUCUGGACAUUUGAUGGCCCCUUCAGCUGCCGGAUUGGGGCUUAACCAGGGGGCACAACCUGCAGCUGCUGCUGCGGUUGCGGCAGCAGCGGCAGGGUUGAACCCAACAUUGGGGCAGGCUCUGACUGCAUUCCUUGCCAGCCAGGGGGCAGGGUUGGGUUUGACGAACCUUUUAGGCACUCUUGGUUCUGCAGGACUGGGCACACCGGCAGUGAACCAGGUGGUUCCCAGCCCAAUGGUGAACAGUGGGGGGCAUGGGAUGCAGGGCACUUAUGUGAAUCAGGUGCCUGCUGUUGCGGGAAAUAUGAAUGCUGGAGUGAUGGGAGGUUAUGUGGUGCAGGCACCAACGCAAGGUGGAUAUGGGAAUACACAGAUAGGGCAAGGAGGAGCUGGACGGAACCAGCAGGGUCUUGGGCAUAUGGGCGGUGUAAGACCUUACAUGGGUCAUUAGGUAAGGCUCAGAUCCUUUCUAGGUGCAUUUAUCUAUUAAGUUCUGGGCAGAUGAUUCUUCUGGAGUUCCUGCUACUGCGCUCACACAAAUGCAAAUUUUUCUUUCUAUAGCUACUUCUUACUUUAAAACUUGAGUUUUCUGCCCUAUCAUUAAUUUUCUUUUCUCUUUCAAUCUUUCAAAAUAUGUAGUACUCUGAGCAACUAUUUUGGUUUCUUAAAAGCCUUUCAAAUGGCUCGUGUGUCUAUUGUAAAAGAGAUUUAAAUAUUUAAAGCGUGUUGACUAUGAACUGUUGACUUAAUGUUUUGCAAAUUUAUUGUUCCUAUCAUAUUGUCGUCAA